ACAUUUUCUCAUAUUAACAUAUUUUGCCCUGCAGAAUACCCAAAUUGUAUAACCUCCAUCUUGAACUGGCAGGAAGCUCCAUUCGGUACGGUUUUAGGGCAGAAUUAUCGGCUAACUUUUUCUGUGAGGAGAGGAUCUAAUCUGCCAGUACUAUACUCUGCAAUUCUUUCCAGUAGACUCUGUACUUGGUACUAGCCCUUCAUCUUCUUCCUUCUCAAGAAUGACGGCGCCCGGCGAGGGGUCAUCCGGACGGCUUCCGACGUGGAAGGAGAGAGAGAACAACAAGCGGAGAGAGAGGAGGAGGCGAGCCAUAGCCGCCAAGAUUUUCGCAGGGCUUAGAGCUCAGGGCAACUAUAAACUCCCCAAACACUGCGACAAUAACGAGGUCUUGAAGGCUUUGUGUGCUGAAGCUGGUUGGGUUGUCGGUGAAGAUGGCACUACCUAUCGCAAGGGGCACAGACCACCCCCGACUGAGACCAUGGGUGUUUCGGCAAAUAUAAGUGCAUGCUCUUCGGUCCAGCCAAGCCCAAUGUCAUCGUGCUUUCCCAGUCCAGCACCUUCUUACCAUGCCAGCCCCGUGUCAUCUUCAUUCCCUAGCCCUUCCAGAGGUGAUGCAAAUCCCCCGUCGUAUAUCCUCCCUUUCAUCCAUAACCUGGCGUCUGUUCAAUCUUCUUUACCUCCUCUACGUAUAUCAAAUAGUGCCCCUGUAACUCCUCCGCUUUCUUCUCCUACCAAAAGCUCAAAGCGAAAACCUUUUUUGGAGUCUCUCUCCAAUAGUUCAUUCUACCCUUCCCACCAUGCGCUCUUUAUUUCUUCUGCACCAUCAAGCCCUACUCGACGCCAACAUUGUAAACCCGCUACAAUUCCAGAAUGCGAUGAGUCUGAUGCCUCUACAAUUGAUUCUGUUCGUUGGGUCAGCUCCCAGACAGGGAUCCCUCUGGUAGCUCCAACAUCUCCUACUUUUAAUCUCGUGCAGCCGUUUUCUCAGCAGACCACUCCUCUAAUUGGCGUUAAUGUCCAUAGAGACUUUGAUUGGGCAGGAGCAGCUAAAAGGACACGUUGUUCUGAAUUUGAUUUUGAAAACGCCAAAGUGAUGGCAUGGGAGGGUGAGAGAAUACAUGACAUUGGUAUGGAUGAUUUAGAGCUUAAACUCGGGAGCGGAAAAGCUCAUGCUUAAGCCUCAUUUAGAUUCUCUAUGAAAGAAAAUGAAUCUGAAGGUGGUUUUUAUGCUGUAACACUCCCUUUUAGCACAAUAUACUCACUUGCAGUCACCCAUUAUUGCUUCCACUUAGGUGGUCUACAUCCUCUCUAUUGUACAGUUACUGUGCUCAGAAAGUCACUCUGUGCUACCAAAAUUGUUCACUUACUUUACUGUGAGGACUGAGGAGCAUAUGUCUGGUCAGGGUUAGAGUUCUAUUACAGUUUGUGUGAUUCUAUAUUAAUGAAUGAAUUGUGAUGCUAAUAGCAUUUGACUAUUUUGCUUUCCCUUCUUCA